CAACCUGGCACUGUUGAUUCUAGCCAAACACUAUCAGUUGAUAUCGUUUUGUCUCGGGCUUCAUUAAGAUCAAACGUCGCGAUUUCAGACAAGCUUUACCUAAAUGACGUGGUUAUGAGUAAAGAAUAUGAGUAAUCUUUUUAACAACUUCGUACAAACAUCGGUGCAAGGGCAAUUUUUACUGUGACCUCGUCAAGGGCAGAUUUGACCUUGUAAAUAUUCGUGUGUUAAAUUCCAAAUAUCGGGUUGUAUAUAUAUUGUCAAGUUUGACUGAAUUCAAGUAAAUGAAGAAAAAUCCUACGAAAAAGCAACAUCGGACAUGUGUAAGAAAACCAUCUCGCAAGAUUACUAUAUCCCGUUCCAAAUUACUCAAAAGUGAUUUAGAACGUUAUGGGAAAGUGGGUGGGGUUUUCGAUAAACGUCUGGGUAAUCGUAAUGUCACCUUGACUGAGUCCGAAAAGUCUUUGCAAAGACACAUCGUCGAAAAAUUGAGACAACUUGAUAAUGUCUCAUUGGAAAGUGUUGAUGAUAGAGAUCCUUUAUUCAAAGCGGCAUUUGACUCAAGUUUUCCAGCGCGAAAACUAUGCACGGCUGAUGAUGUGGAAGGCGGGAUUGAAGGUCAUAUUGUGGAAAACGUCUUCUUCACCGAUGGUUCUACCGGUAAUAAACCGGGACAUAAUUUCAAGGACUCUUUGGCAGAAAAAAUUGCAGCUACAAAAUUAGAAAAAUUAAAACGUGUCGAAGAAAAUGAAGAACAACGUGAGCGAUUAAAAGUCGUCAAUGACGAAUGGACAAAAAACAUUCGUUUUCUCUUAAGCAAAAUCCAUGGAGUGAAGAAACGUCCAACUACAGGAACUCAGCAGAAUAAUAAUACGAAUGUUUCCCGUUUACUAGAAACAUUGAGUACCAAUAAAAAAGUGGUGCCUAUCGGCUUCUCAAAUCCCCACAGCCCACAAGAACAGCUCUUUAGGCUUCAGGAUAUGGUGAGCGCCCGCAAGCCUUCAAUUGAAGCGAACGACCACAUCAUUGAGUCAGAAACAUUGGUUUCUCAUCUUCGUAUUUUACUCAGACUACCGAAAGAAAAGGUCACUGCUAUUACUUUCAUUUCUAACCAGCUUUGGACAGCUAGAUUGCAUCGUUUAAAAGACGUUGUUCGCUAUCUUUUCUUAAUACAGUUGGCAUUUGAAUAUUGCUCUGAGAUAUUUGAACGUUUAGAAACUGAUGGAAAAUCAUCUACAAAUAUUAUUGAAUGUGGUAUUUUUUGUCCGGAAAUUGUACAUGCACUAUCCCGAUUGUUUUGUCUUACUUCACUUGGUUCGAAUCUACCAAAACACAUUUUAGUUUUAAGAAAACCAUUGACUACUAUCGAAGUAUCCGAUUUGCCGUGUCUCGACAUUCGCCUUGUAAAUAGAUCUUCCCCUUUAUCUCUCAAUGAAAUCCCUGUGCUUCGUUUAACUUGCGUUUACAGGAUGAUUCGUCUCGCUAACCAAGUUUUCCUACUGUAUAAUAAAUUUCUACCGAAGUGCGUUCUAGUGAACUUGUUUCGUCCUUUGAAAACGUUUCUGGUAGAAAGUAACUUCCUUUGUCACCCCGCUUUUAUAGUGAACGAAAUCAAAAGUCUUUCCGAAUCAAUCAAUUCAGCAGAGAAUGCUCCUACACCUGCUCGAUUAAUAUCAGAUCAUCGUCUUUUAGUUUUAAAUACUUUGAAACCAACAGAUUCCAAAGAAUUUAAAAAGUUAGGCAUUCUGCCUCAACUAGAACCUGUCUUCGAAGAACGAUUAUGUGUAAAUCAGCGUGAUAAUACUAAACGGACUCUACAGCGAAAAGUUGCUAAGGAAAAACGUUCUGCGAUGCGGGCUAUUCGUCAAGAUUGUCAAUUUUUAGCUUCACAUCAGUUGAAUAUUAUUAAAAAGAGGUAAUUCUUUUCAUCAUGAUAUUGUCUAUCUCAUCGAGUGUCGUCUUUCAAAGGGUGCAUAAUUUCAUCAAUCUGUUUUCGUGUUAUUAAUUUAUAUUGUUUUUGUUAGGUUGAAUAUUCCUUAACUUCACAUCAAUAGCUCUAAGCUAAUACUAAGAUUUCACAAUUGUCAAAAUCAAUCAAUAUCCAUCAAAGGAUUUUGAGCUAUUGUCCCUAUUAUCGUAAUGUUGGUCGAAUUUAGCCUUUUUUUCUCACAUAAAAAUACGGUGUCAGAUUGUUCUCAGUGUACUGAGCUGAAAUUGACGUAUUAAUGUUACAUCAUGUUGUUUCGAUAGGCUUCAUCUUCUCAUUAAACCAUCUAAAGCUCCCUAAAGCAAUAACUGUCUUAAAUUGUGACUUAGUUAACGAAUGGUUGUUAAAAACCAUCCUGUAGAAAUGUGUGGAUUUUCGUAGAUGAUAUCGUCCAAGAAUUCGGCCAGUUAUUAAGUUCAAUAGUUGUUACUAAGUUCAAGCAGGUUGUGAUUAUAUCACCACUUGUAUUGCACCUACUAAACAUUUAUGAGAGGUAAAUAGAGCUUUUGAUUUUUUUUAAACUAAGCAAAUAUUCAAUGUGAAGUCAAUAUCUUAUUCGUUGAAGUUAACUCCUUUUUAUAAUAAUCCUGCUAAUAUAUUUUCACUGUUUCAACUGAACUUUGGCUUAGUGAUUGUUAUAACGUGUGGCCGCCUGGAUGCCCUGUUAGUGUACAACGUGAUAAUACUGUCAAUUAGAGAGCAGUAAAUUACCGAUCGGACCAGUGACACACGAACCCAUACAAGCAGUCUAGAGCACUUAUUGGUCCUUCUUUCUGCUUAGCCCAGCCAGUUAAGUCCAGAA